UUAACAAAUGCUAUAGGGAGUCACUGUUCAUCCCAUAAAGAUAUAAUAUUAAUUUAUCUCUCUUUAUUUUUCUUUUUUCUCUUUACUCUCUCUAGUUUAAUUCUUUUUCUCUUUACCCUCAAUUUCUCCAACCCAAAAUGACGAAUCUGGAAAAUUGGGUGUUCAAUAUUUUGUUGCUUCUGUUUCUUUUCUUUGGAUUUUGCAAAUCCAGAGACACUAUAACUCCAGCCCAACCCAUCAAAGACGGUGACCUUUUAGUCUCCAACGAUGAGACCUUCGCACUUGGGUUUUUCAGUCCGGGAAAUGGAACAUCCAAUCGUAGGUAUGUGGGAAUAUGGUACUACAAGAUCUCUGAACAAACCGUAGUUUGGGUUGCCAAUCGAGACAAACCAAUCAACGGUACAUCCGGAGCAAUGUCUAUCGACCAACAUGGAAACCUCGUCAUCUACGAUGACAAUUCCCAACAUGUUACACUUUGGCAUACAAACGUUUCAGCACCAGUGAUGGCCACGAGCAAUUCUUAUUCAGCUCGACUCUUGGAUUCGGGGAAUUUGAUGUUGUUGUUUCAAGGCAGUGAUACUAAAAAUGAAAGUUUUGUUGCAUGGCAAAGUUUUGAUCAUCCUACGAAUACUCUGCUGCCCAACAUGAAACUCGGGCUGGACCGGAGGACUGGUCUGGACCGGUUCCUGACAUCAUGGAAGUCGAAAGACGAUCCGGGCACAGGAGAAUACUCGUAUAGGAUGGUACCAAGUGGGUGGCCCCAACUUGUAUUGUACAAGGGCUCAGUCAAAUUAUAUCGGAUCUUGCCAUGGAGCUCGAGCAAAGCGUCUGAGAAAUUCCCUAUUGGCAUGUUAAAGUCGAGUUACAUUGAUGAUCCUGAGGAAGUCAGUGUAGCUUAUGUUCAGGUCAAUGGCUCGAGUUUGUCUAGAUUUUUUUGGGACGAACUUGUUGGGGCGUUAAAAAUGGACACGUGGGUCGAUGUGGAGGGUCAGGGUAAGGGUAAAUGGGUCGAGUUCUACUCGAUCCCGAAUGAACGAUGUGACAAUUAUGGGCUGUGUGGUGCGUAUAGCUAUUGUGACGACAGCAAAUUGCCAACGGAGUUUGAGUGCACGUGUCUUCCAGGGUACGAGCCCAAGUCAGCGAACCAAUGGAAUUUAAGAGAUGCGUCAGGUGGGUGUGUGGAGAAGAAGCGCGCGGGGCUUGGCAUUUGUCGGAAUGGAGAAGGGUUCGUGAAGGUCGAAGGUGCACAGAUUCCAGAUACAUCUUGGGCACGUGUGGCGCCGCAGUUGAGAAUGAAUGAGUGUGAAGCGGUGUGCUUGAUGAACUGCUCGUGCAAGGCUUACUCAAGUGUAGCUGAUUCGGGCAAUUGUAUCACAUGGUAUGGAGAUUUGAUGGAUGUAAGAAAGUUCGCUGAUGUUCUGCUUGAAUGGUAUAUACGUGUUGAUGCUGAUGAAUUAGGGAAGACGACAGUUGGAAAACCCUCAGCCCCCGUCACUGAUCAACAUUUGAAGAAGAAGAAGUCCAUAAGUGUUGAUAAAAAGAAUACCAUUGUGGUGACAUCUGUUGUCGUGAUGUUGGCCCUGAUUAUUUCAUUAGUUUGUUGGUUGGUAAUGAAAAAGGCAAGAAGAGAUGUUGGAUUCAACAAUCAAGCCAGUGACGAAGAAAAACUAGAAUUACCCAUUUUUGAUAUGAUCACCAUUGCAGCAGCAACUAACAAGUUUUCUAAUACAAAUAAAAUUGGGGAAGGUGGUUUCGGGCCUGUUUACAAAGGUCACCUAUCAAGUGGAAAAGACAUAGCUGUCAAGCGCCUUUCAAUGAGCUCCAAACAAGGUGUGGAUGAAUUCAAAAAUGAGGUUAUUUUGAUUGCCAAGCUUCAACACCGAAAUCUAGUUAGGCUUUUGGGAUGUUGCAUCCAUGGAGAAGAAAGAAUGUUAGUUUAUGAGUAUAUGCCCAAUGGAAGCUUGGAUUCGUUCAUUUUUGCAGGUGUAGAAAAAAAAAGUAAAUCAUUUACAUGGAGUACACGAUUGGACAUUAUUGUGGGAAUUGCUCGAGGGAUUCUUUAUCUUCAUCAAGAUUCAAGAUUGAGAAUAAUUCAUAGGGAUCUUAAAGCUAGCAAUGUGUUACUUGAUAGUGAGAUGAAUCCUAAAAUUUCAGAUUUUGGCUUGGCCAGGGCUUUUGGACAUGAUCAAUCAUCAACAAAAACAGAAAGGGUGGUUGGAACCUACGGUUAUAUGUCUCCAGAAUAUGCGAUUGAUGGCCUCUUUUCAAUGAAAUCAGAUGUUUUUAGCUUCGGAGUCAUAAUUUUAGAAAUAAUGAGUGGCAAAAGAAACCGUAUGUUUCAUCAUUCAGACCAUGAUCUUAACCUUCUUGGACAUGCAUGGAACCUUUGGACUAAAGGAAGGGCUUUUGAGUUAUUAGAUCCAAUGAUGGAGGGUUCAUUUCCAAUGUCAAAGGUAUUAAGGUGCAUACAAGUUGGUCUCUUAUGCGUGCAAAAAUGCCCUGAAGAUAGGCCAAUGAUGUCUUCUGUGCUCUUAAUGUUGGUUAGUGACAGUGCAAUUUUGCCUCAAUCCAAGCAACCUGGCUUUUAUAUAGAGAGGAGUUCCAUCGAAACACAUGAUCAGUCAUUACUUAAAAGUACUCCUAGCAUUAACGAAGUGACUAUGACAUGCCUAGCUGCUCGAUAAAACAUUUUCAACCUGCAAUGAUGGGAACACGUGCACCUUAGGUGGGCAGUUGCCCUUCUUAGAUUUUUAAAAUUACAUUUUUUAUUAUUGUAACAAUCUCGACCAGUGAUUAAUUGUUAAAUCAUGAUUAAGAAUGCCUGAUAAGUAAUUAAGAAGGAAAUUCUAAAUUAA